UGCCCAUAACUUAAAACCUUAACAAAUUUUAUGUGCAAACUAAAUUAAAGAUUCUCUCCAAAAAUAUUAUCACCUUCAAUUUUAGUCAAUCAUGAUUUCAUCAGAGGCUGCAGCAAUCCACUACUUAGCUCAAGAAAACAACCCCUCAUCACUUCCCCUUGAUUUCGGCUUCAUGCACAAAAACUUAUCACCAUUCCAAUACAACACAUUCUUAACAAACAACAAUAUACAAAAUUAUCAGGCCCCUUUUCCUGUUCAAGACUUGAGCCAACAGCCGUCAUGCAUCAGCAGUAACUCGACCUCUGACGAAUCGGAGGAACAACAAAUCAGAAUUAUCGAUGAACGAAAGCAGAGGAGAAUGGUAUCUAAUAGGGAAUCAGCUAGAAGAUCAAGGAUGAGGAAGCAGAGACAUCUUGAUGAGCUAUGGUCUCAAGUUCUUCGCCUUCGAACUGAGAAUCAGAAUCUGAUGAAUAAACUAAACCAAGUCACAGAAUCUCAUGACAAAGUCAUCCAGGAGAAUAUGCAGCUCAAGGAAGAGGCCUCUGACCUUCGUCGGAUGAUUACUGACAUUCAAAUUGACAGUCCUUUCCAUGCUUUCAGUGACCUCGACGAGGUUACGUGCAACACUGCUCAUCUCAAGGCUGAAUCAUCAAACCAAUCCACUACAUAGAAUUUAUUUAUCUGCUUCUCUGAUAAUGAGUUGUUUUACUACUAACUUCAAGGAUUCAGAGAGCAAAGGAAGAGAAAAUGAGAGUGAGCUGGAGAUAUUUUCUAAGUUUUUCCUCCUUCAUGUUGUUAAUUCUCUUUUACCUGAAUGCAAACAUGAGUCUUUAAUUCA